AUGGACGUUCUCGUUGCCGAGUUGAAGCAUCUACACAGUUCCAAAGCACAUAAGUUAUUCACAGGUGAUUUUGUCAUUGUUCUAAUCUUUGAUGCAAAUGGUGCUUAUAUUUUGUCAUUGUUGAUACAGGAAGCAUUUAGAUGCAAAGAUGAUUACUUCAAAGCGAUCGGUUACAAGGAAGUAGAUGGCAAGAUUGAGAGCCUCGAUGAGUAUUUAGAAAGGUUGAGCUCUUCUUAUAUGAAACUAUAUGGAGCUUUAGUGCAGACUGAAGUUGGAGGCUGCCAAAACCUGCACGGAGCAAAGGAAGGUUGGGCAUGGCUAGCAAGAUUCUUGAAUACGACGCCACCAGAUCUCUUUACUGCAAUUGCUCUUGAUUCAUUUCUUGUGAUGGCUGGAUACGGGAUGUACAGUCGAUAUAAAAACCAGUUUGAGAAGCUAUUGAGCAUGAUUGGGUUACAAGAAGGUGGUGGAGAGUCGAGGAGUGCCAAGAUGAGCAAGGUUAAGAUGUCAAUUCAAAAUUAUAUCGAGUCAAAGCAGUACAAGAAAGAACCCGAAGGAUUGCAAUUGAGAUAUCGUUUAGACUCGAGUGGACUAUAUUGA